UCGCCCCCCCCCUUCAGCUCGUUACUUUUUUUUGUUUUCAUACUUCAUCAUGGCUGCCACCACCUACUUUGAAACCAUCAAGCGUUCCUACACUGACGUUGACAUUGCCAAUGGCAUUGACACUACUCAGUUCCUCGAAGCUACCGAAGGCGUUGUCAACUUGUUUGACAAGCUCGGCUCAUCUGCUUUCUCGGUUGUUCAGAAUGACAUGAACGGUAACAUUAAGAAAAUCCGUGACAAGUUGUUGAGCAACCCUACUGCCAACGCUACGUUGCAGGGUCUCAUGGAAACAGAGGCCCCUGAAAAGAAGCGUGUUGCCACCGAAGGUCUCUUGUGGCUGACUCGUGGUCUUGAUUUCACUGCUCAAGCCCUCCGCCGCAGCAUUGACAAUUCUGCCGAGGAACUCAAUAUCUCGUUCACCAAGUCAUACGAGAACACCUUGAAGAAGCAUCACAGCUUUGUGGUUCGACCCGUUUUUGGCCUUGCCAUGAAGGCCUGCCCUUACCGCAAGGACUUUUACGAAAAGAUCGGCGUCUUGACGGAUGCUGCUUUGGAAUUGAUGAAGACUUGGUUGGCUGCUCUGGAGAACAUCAUUUCCAUCAUCAAUGCUGUCUUCCAGGCCCACCCUGAAUACAUUAAGGGCAUGUAAAUCACUUUCGCUCUCUGUGCACUCCUCCUCUCUUAAUCACAUUCCUAUAAACAGUCCACAUGCAUUUCAAAGCACGCAUACAACAUCUCCCAAUCCCCUCGCAAUCUUUUUUUUUCUGCUGUUUUAUCAGUUUGUUUCUCUUUUAAUUUACUUUUUGUGAUUCUUCAAUUUUCCUUGAUAAAAUACCAAUAACUCAAAACAAAGA